AUUUCUCCUCAUGUUUCGCCACUUUUUCACCGCAAUCCUGCCGACUUGAAGCCUGCGAGUGUAAGACUCGAACAUCUCAAGAUGAACAUACUCGAAUCCAGUGUGGUCCUCGUGGCCAUGAUUUCAGCCGUCUUUGCCGGGUGCGGGCCAUCCUGCCCGGAUGGGUACCUCAACUGGGAACACGACUGCUACAAGCUUUACGAUGUUCAAAAGACCUGGGCCAAUGCUGAACAACAUUGCGUAGCCGACGGGGCCCACUUGGCGUCAAUCCACUCGGCCGCCGAGGACAACUUCCUAAACCUCCUCUCCCAGCAGGGCACAACCGAGAGCAAGCACACCUGGAUGGGCUUGAACGACCACGCGACGGAAGGAAGCUUCGUGUGGACCGACGGUUCUCCUUGUGACUACUUCAACUGGCACAACGCAGAGCCCAACAACGCUGGAGCCGGGGAACAAUGCGGGGAGAUCAACUUCUUCGCCCUGGACGGCACCUGGAAUGAUCAUUUCUGCAGUCGGAACCAUCGGUUCAUCUGCAAGAUGCCUCCAAGUUCUCAUUAAACGGCGCAAUAAUUAGUGACGACCCAUCACCGUUGCCCUAUAUAGAUCUAUAGUUUAUCAUGAGCUGCAUGUAGCUGUUUAGAUUUGGCAAAAAUGUCACAAUAUACAUUUAACUCAAAUUAAUAAGGAAUUGUUAAGGCCGGUUCAUACUUCAUGCGAAUGCGAAGACGAUGCGAAUUUGACGUCACGAAGCAUCCCCCCCCCCCCGGCGUCACAAAUUCGCGUUCGCAUUCGCUUUCGCACCGAUAUGAACCGGCCUUCAAGCUUUUAGAAUUUAGUUAAAAAUUUCAUUUGAUAUUAACAAAGGGUGAAAGUCUACCUAAUUAGGUACGGCCUAAGUAUCAAAAUCACAAGAUUCAAGCUUUGAUCGCUUAUUAGUGUGAAGUCACCACAUAAUCCCUUUGAUUUGAUUCAAGACCUUUAGAAUUUGACCUUAAGAAUUUAAAGGAAGGAAAAUAAAGAUAUUUGGAUCAACCAUCCAUGAAAAAUAUGAA